UCAUAGAGCAUAGGGAAAAGGGAAGUCGGAUAUCUCCAUCUCGUCAUGAAGAAUUGUGACGUUUUUGACGUUUGUUGGUCUCAGCUUUUUGUUAUUUUUGUAGAACGAUAAUUUAGAAGUAGUGAUCAUUUAUUAUUCUUCGAGUUUAUAUUAAUAAAUUUACUUUCACUGAUACACUUUCUACUGAAGAACGAGGAACUGUUAACAUAACCGUCAAUUCAGUAAUGUUAUUUCUGCGGUAAUCAUGGCAAAUAUCGAAAUAAAACACCUUUUGAGGAUUAACAGAUUGCCGGAAAGUGAUGCCAGCUUGAUAUUAUUCCUCUUAUACAGUCCUGUUGGAUUAUUUAUUUUUAUCUUAAGAGCCAUUCUACUUCUAGGAUUAUUCAUAUUAGGGCAGGUUUUACCAGAUACACCAGCAUCUCAAAAAAUCAUUAACAAAAUCGCUUGCUUAUCCUUGGGUAUAUCUGUUUCUAUAGAAAACCCCAGGAAGAAGGAUAAUGUUGAUGUAUAUAUUAGCAACAGUCUUUCCAUAUUUGAUCAAUUAGCCGUAUGUAGUGCAACUGGAUCAGUUUCACCCAGUGCCAGAACUUCCCUCGAAAAGGUGAUGUGUUUAAGCACUUACUGCUUUGGUAAUGUAACAAAUACGGACAACUUCAAAAAUAGUGUAAGUCAGUUCAUGGCUGAGAAAAAAACACCUUUGUAUUUUGCUCCUGAAGGGAGAGCAACCAAUGGAAAGGCUUUGCUCAAAUUCAAGACUUAUGCUUUUGAAGUUUCUUCCAAAAUUCAGCCAAUUUGUAUAACUAUUGAGAGGUCACUUUUGGACAUAUCUGUGACAACGCUUGGAUCUUCAUAUUUUAGUGAUUUGUUUUAUUUCAUGUUUUGUCCUCUCACAAUUUACAAAUUGAAGUUUCUGCCAUCAUUAGAAAGGAAAAGUACAUCUAAUUCAGAUUUUGCAGAAAUUGUAAGGAGGGAAAUUGCUACUAACCUAAAGAUUGAAAUGACUGACUAUACAUCAAACGACUUGAUAGAAUGGGAAAAGAGGAAAUUAGCUGAGGAUCAACAGAGAGCUCAACGUAAUGCCAAUAGGCCAGUGAUUCCAGAGAUACAGCGAAUGUCAUAUCAGGUCAAAGAAGUUUUGCCACACGUUCCAUACCAUGUCAUUUAUAAUGAUUUAUGUGUAACAAGAAACGUAGACAGUACAAUAACCAAUAUUUUGGAGGGUCGCCUUCACUUCACACCUGAACAAACUUCUGUUCCUAAUGCUCAUCAAUCGUCCCAGCCAUCACCGACUGUAUUGAGUCACGGCCAUAAAGCCUUCUCAACAAAGGCUGCCUCUUCGUUUCCUAAGUCAGCAAUCGAAAGAAGCAAAUCGUUUCAAGAGCGCAAAGAGCAACUUAUUGCCAACGCUCGAAAACGGUUCAUCGAAAAGCAUAAUCUUGAUAUACCUGUAUGAUUUUAUUCGGAUUGAGUUACGGUGCCAAAACAAUGUUGUCAAAAAUUUGCCCUACUCUUCUGCACGUUUUAAUAUUUCUUCAAGUACAUAUAUUUAAGUUUGUAUAUAUAUUCAGCGUUAUUUAUUUCAUACUUGAAUAAAAUUACACUCGAGGUAAA